CAAUUUACACAAUGAGACAUGAAAAAAUAAUAUAAAAAAUAUGGAAUGGAGGAAAAUCAUUCACACGUUAUAAGAAGCUUUCCAAAGUUUGAGAUACUCAAGCGUUACAAACAAAUGGAUGUGGCCAAGUUACAUAACUCUGAUGACAAGAAAGAAGAUGAAGUAGUACUUCCUGGUUUUAGAUUCCAUCCAACAGAUGAAGAACUUGUUGGGUUCUAUCUGCGGCGAAAGGUGGAGAAGAAGCCUCUUCGAAUUGAACUCAUCAAACAGAUUGACAUCUACAAAUAUGAUCCGUGGGAUCUUCCAAAAGAGAGUUCUGUGGGGGAGAAAGAAUGGUAUUUCUUCUGCAUAAGAGGGAGAAAAUACAGGAACAGCAUAAGGCCUAACAGGGUAACAGGGUCUGGAUUCUGGAAAGCCACAGGGAUUGACAAGCCUAUAUACAGUGUUAAAGAAACCCAUGAAUGCAUUGGCCUCAAGAAAUCAUUGGUUUACUACCGCGGAAGUGCAGGGAAAGGCACCAAAACUGAUUGGAUGAUGCAUGAGUUUCGCCUCCCACCCAACGGAAAAACUAGCAAUAAUCCACAACCUAAUGCUAGCAAUGAUGUUCAACAAGCUUGUCUUUGUUUCUAUGCCCUUUAUGGGGGGGUUUGCACUUUGCAGGAAGUGUGGACGCUAUGCAGAAUAUUCAAACGAAUCCCAUCUUACAAGAAGUACACACCAAAUUUGAAAGACUCGGAACCAGUCACCAAGCCAAACCCCACUAAUUCUUCAACUUCCAAAACAUGUAGCUUAGAAUCUGACAACAGCAAGUCGUACUUGACUUUCACAGACUCUGCAGUCAUUCACCAAAUUGAAAGGAAACCUGUUAUUGGACAAGUUGACGAAAGGAACAACCACUUAUUUCAAGGUCAGUUAGGCAAUGUAGCUGCUCAGCCUCCAACAACGUUGUCUUACUCAAGUUUUAAUUGGAAUCAGAAUGUGAAUGAUGAUGCAUUUGCAAAUGAGAACUGGGAUGAUCUCAGAUCUGUCGUUCAGUUUGCUAAUAUUGAUCCAUCCAAGGUUUAUGAUUGUAAAGAAUUAAAUAGAUUUUAAGAUCAUUUCUUUCUUUUUUUGCUAUUUUAACUGCCAUAACAGUUACAUAUCUCCCACCCUACUCUUUUUCUUGGCUUCAAGUGAGAAAGUUUGACAAAAUAGUGUAUGAACAGUUUGCAGUUUUGCCAUUAUUGUCAUACACGGGGUACUUAUGUCUAAUUUACACACGGACUUGUAGGAUAUU